UGGAGAUGGAAGAGGAGAGGAGAUCGGCGUGCCGGCGAGGCGCACGCUUGCCGGUGGCUCCCGGGGUGAUUUGCCAGGGCUCCUGAAAGGCACGGGGCGAGCAGAGAGGGUGCUGCAGCAUGGAGCUGAUGGUGCUGCUCAAUGCCCUGGUCACUCGCCUGCUCUUCGUGCUGCACUCACUCAUCGGGGUUUGGAGAGUCACUGCCGUGAAGAAGGAACCCAAGUACUGGCUGCUGGCACUGCUCAAUCUUCUCCUCUGCCUGGAGACAGGGCUCACCCUCAAGUUUAAGCAAGGCAGAGGCUACAAAUGGUUUUCACCAGCAAUAUUUUUAUAUCUGAUUUGCAUAGUACCAUCACUAUGGCUACUAGAAAUUCAUCAUGGGACUCAGUACUGUGGCAAUGAGCCUGGGGCAGUUCAGGUGAAUAUCAGCAAUCAAGACUUCAAUCAAUCCAGAGAGAGCAGUCAUGGAAAUGAGGGAACAGAUCACCACAUCAUUCAAACGGCUAAAGUCUUUGUCAAUCAGCUGUCCACAAUCUGUGAGACUGUAUGGACACUGGCCCUCCACCAGACUUUUCUGCUGCUACUAGUAGUUGGGAGAUGGCUUCUCCCCAUUGGAGUUGAAAUCACCCGGGAUCAGUUGUCUCAGCUGCUUCUCAUGUUCGUGGGAACAGCAGCAGAUAUACUUGAAUUUGCUAGUGAAACCUUGGACAUUGAGGAUGUUCGGAAGAAUUACGUUCUCAUAAAUGCAAUUCUUGCUGUAUGGACCUGGAGUAUGUUACAAUUUCCACUUGAUCUUGCAGUACAGCACAUUGGCUGCAAACCAAGCGCGUCGGCCAGGCGGAUCCCCAGCCUGCUGCUGUGCAGGUACAGUGCGGAGCUCUGGAACAUUGGGGUCAGCCUUUUCAUACAGGAUGGCCCCUUCUUCAUUGUGCGUUCAAUUCUGAUGGGCCACUUCAGAAUAUUCAAUCAGAUGCUGGUAUUUUUUACAGCUAAGAAUAUCUUAGUUGUGACUCUACAGUUGUAUCGGCUGGCAGUGAUAACGUUAGACUUCCGUGCUACUGUUCUGCAGAAGAGCAGGAAAGGAGAAGUCUGUUGCUGCCCAUGUGAGCCUUAUGAAGCUCAUGCUACUGGUCACCAAGAGAAUGAAAUGAAAGAGUUUCUUGCUUUUCCUCCAAAAGAGGAAUCCCAAGCUCCAUCAGAAGAUCACUGAGCAGUUAUUGACUUGGAAGAGCUUGCAUUUCCCACAGCUUCUUCAGAAGGGCUUUGCCGGUUUCUAUGAUCAAAUAGAUCUUGAGUGCAUAAGUCAUCUUUUCCAUCAAGAGAGCUUCUUCUAAAUUGUAGGGGAACUUUCUCAGGCAAAAUCAUAGAAAUGGGACUUUUAAAAAAUCCCUUUUUUGGUGGGUUUUGACUAGUUCCAUAUUAUAUUAUUCACAGGGAUUUUGUAGCCAUAGUUUGUACUAUCAAGAAAGGUUGGAAGCACUAAGAAGAUUGGUUAUUACCAUUGGUGGCACUGUGCUGACCUAUGUACUUGCAUGUAUUCAAGUAGAAGGACAAGGCUGUCCUUUAUAGGAAGCACAAAAGCAUUGAGCUCUACUAGAAUGGCAGGGCUGUAACUACAGUGUGAUGAACAAUAUGUUCGCCAUGUACAGGAGGAACUUCAGCAGCAACAGCUGUGCAGGCAUGUUAGUGCUGUUACUGUGACAGGUUACACAAGAACAUUGUUCAUUCCAGAAAUUUAAGGAAACCUUCUUCAGAUGUUACCUCAUCUUUGGCUGGAUUCAGUUAAGAGCUAAGCAACACUAUGAAACUGCAUACAAGAGAUUCUUAUGACCUGCCUGGUUUGAAUAACCUAAACCUUAACUAAAAGAAAAAAAAAAGCAGUCCCUUGGAUCACUAGAAGACAACUGCUACAGGAAUUUUCUACAGAGUUGCUUGCCUUUCUGUACACGCACAGAACAUAUAUGGACAAAACCUCACCAAAAUAUUUGUAAAUACUUUUUUCCUCUUGAUUUUACAGUUCUGUUACUACAGUUAAGACAGGUUUUUUUAAUGUCUCCAUUUUGUAUGAUUUUUAAAAGUGGCCUGACCUAGACACAGAAUCUCUCUAGAAAGAAGAUGGCAUUGCUGCUCAAAGCAAUCUAAGCCAAAACAUUCAGGCAUGCACUUCACAUUUUGUGAAGCACUACAAGGUCCCAUGAAAUAACCUGAGAAAUUGGUCUGAGUGAGUGAGUGUCAAGAUGCAUUUUUAAGAAAUGGCUUAAAAUAAAUACUUUACUACUUUCACAUUUGGAGUGAACAACAUAGGUCCCAAUUUCUCCCAAGAGCACACCUGAGAUCAGUGUAAGAUCAUUGAGUUUGCUGGACUUGGCUUAGAGAAGCUGAAAGUAAGAUAAGUGAUUUUUGAAAGUCUGCCUAAAACUUAGAUUCUCACAGAAAAUGGCAGGUACUCUUACAGAUUUCUGCACCCAUUCUGAAAGAGAGCAGAAAAGCAUACAGUGACCUAAUUAAGGUAAUUUCACAUAUUAGAAACACCAAAUUAAACCUUAUUUUCUAAAGCCUCAGCUAUUGAACUGAAGUUUCUACCAUCAUUGCAGCAGUCAUAUACUUAUUUAUCCACAGCCUCAAAAGCAAUGACACAUUUAUUCUUUGAAAGAUUAAUCUGUUUUACAAAGAUGUGAACAUGUGUUUAUACUUGUGAGUUCUUCCUGAUCUAUGCAAGAUAAGACUCUUACAUUAUGAAAGAAGAAAAUACACAGCCAUAAGGAAAUAUCAUAUGCUUCAUAGCCCUGUCUACCAUUUAUAAAGUAGUAAUAAUGUACAACACCUCCUUCUCUGCUUAUUUUCAACCUUUUUCCAGCAAAAAGCAGCAGUUUUUAAAAGCCAAUCACAACAUGCCCUGGUGUUGGGAGGCAAACACUUCAUUUUGGAUUUUAAUUCAAGUCUAGAGGUUAAAAGUGACAAUUCUGAUGAUGAGCUAUGCUGUCUAAAACCUUUCACACUGGGAUGAAUUUAGAAUCGCUUGGUAGAACCACAACAUAGCUCUUCCUUGAGGAUGCAAACCAUAACUACUCGUAUUCAUUUUACCACUUGCUGAUACAGUAAUUAUCUGUUAAAAUGAUCACUGCUAAUUAAUUUGGAGUGUACUGAGCUUGCUAGAACAUCAUUCUAAAUUCAUCAGCACGAAAAUUGCAAGGAUGUACUUUUUUAAAACUCGCUAUUUAAAAUCUUUGUUCAGCAACAAAUUGCCUGCUAGACUCAGUCUGCAGCAAAUCAAGAUCCCCUGGGGUCAGCAGUACAGGGACUGGUUAUGGCAGCAAUAUUUCACAGCAAGCUCUAUUUCCUGGUCUUCAGGCUAUUCAAUUUUAAACAGCAGUAAAGUUUCUAAUCACAUUUAUGGUGACAGGAACUCACUCCAGUGUUAGGUGGUUACUACAAGAUCCCAUCCUCAUUCACUCAGACAAAAUAUGCCAGAUCCUCUUCAUGGUUACAAUAAAGUAGAUUUGGACUUCCCUUUUCCUCCCCAUUAUUGCAGUGAUGGCAAUCAGACUGCUUAGAACCAAAGAAAAUCCAGACUAACAAAGUAGUAGUAUGAAUUCCCACUUGGGUUCAGAGGGGAAUCACAUGUACCAGGUAGCAGCAGGAGUGACGUGCAUCUCCCACCACUGAGUAGCCUGGCAACUAAAAAUUCUGGUAACUUGUAUGUUUUGAGCAGAGCAGUAAACCCCAGCUGCAAACUCUCCUCAGUUUCCUGCUGCAAAUGUUUGGAGCAGGACUGCAGCUUUGUGUUUUGCAGCAGGUUGCUGGAGGCAGCUGAAGCAGAAGCUGGCUGCAGGGAGCCCUGGUUCCAUCCAUGCCACAGCCUUCCAGAGCUCAGCACUAGGCAGGGGGUAGAAUGGACCCACUUGAAGAUCUGCCAGCAUCUGUGGCAUACCCAAAGAUGUCACACUUGCUCUGUAGGAAAAGUUCAGAACAUUUAUCUUAACCAAUAUUUACUCAAGUGAGGAGAACACAUUACUAAAUUUUUUCUGCAAAUAGAUAUCUGAACAUUUGGUGUUGUUUAUUCUGGUUGUUCCUGCCUUGUCUUUCUAAAUUAUUCCAUAUUAAACCUCACUAAAAUGUUUUACCACUCGUCUUUUUCUGAGCUGAAAUGUAUUCCUUCUUUCUUUUGGACAUUGGCUCAAAUAAGAUCAUAGGCCUAAGCAGGAAAAACAACAAACAACAGUGAUGAUUUUAUUGCAUUCCUGUUGGUAUUUGUACUGUACUAUGUUCUCUGUGACCAUGUGGAAAUGGAAGAAAAUAUGCAAUUACUUUAAAAAAAUUCCGACAGCAUUUUGUAAAUAAAAGGCAGUUACCUCAGGCAUAGCUGCCAAUUUAU